AUGUACGCUCAACGCCUCAACCCCUGGGACGACAUCGACGAGGAUGCACACGACGAAGAGCUGCCAGACUACGAGGCUGACACCGCGCCCGCAUACGAUUUCAUCUCGUUUGACGAGCCCAUUGCCACCUUCCACUUGCGACAGUAUGAUCGCAAAAUACAGUUGCUGAGACCGUAUGGCGCAUCUGAAGCGUCCUCAUAUCGCAUAACAACGAACAGCUUCCGAGUCUUCUCCAAGAAGCCGGAGAUGGAAGUGCUUUACACAUCAAAGGAGAUGCGGCAGCGGAACAUUGCAACGAUGGGGUUCGACAAAGACGGUCCCAUCCCUUGGUGUCCGCGCGCGCACUUUGUCCACACCGAUACUGACGGAACCGCUACGGUAUACAAGAUGGAAGCGAGGAACUUCGUCGAUUGGGCUAUCUUUUUUGGCGACAGGCGAUACGAGUGGUCCAUCUUGAUACGGCCUGCAGCUCUUGUUCUGCGAGAAGUGAAUUCGGACUUUGUCAUUGCGCGCUUCACGUACUCGCAAAGCGGUACACAAGCCAUGCGCGGUGCCGAAGUGGGCGAGUUGACGCUCUUCCGCGACCCUCUCACGAUGGGGAUUCAUGGCACUGACAAGGUGGUGUGCAGCAUGAUGGUUGCGAUCACCUCCCUGAAGAAGAUGGGCAGGAACUACAGCAACAGUCCAGAGGAAGUGAUGAGAAGUGGAUCGGUGAAUCGGUGA